AUGUCAGAUACUACUACUACUACAUCAACAACUUCAACCACCACCUCAUCAUCUUUGUCGACGAGUGGAUCAGAAGAUAGUAAAGAUAAACAGGCACCGCUAAAGGAUUCAUCAAAGAGAUUCCCAAAGCCACCUCGUGGCGCUCAACAUAAACCUGCUGUUCAAUCAGCUGCCACAUCAAAAGAUAAGGUUGACAAGCCAACCAAACCACAAAAAGAAAAGAAACAAGGAGACCGUCCAUCACAAAAACCAGUAUCACCUACUACUCCUACAACCACUACACCUAAACAACAACAAGUCAAACCAAAGGUCCACAAACCAGUACCAUCACCUGCUACAGUUUCAACUACACCAACACCAUCACCUGCUUCAACUCCUGUACCAGAAGGUGGACAUCAUCACCCACACCAUCAUCAUCCACAUUCGCAUCCUCACCCACAUCAUCAUCAUCAUCAUCAUCAUGGCGGCGGCGGCGGACAUCAUGAACAUCCUCAUUCUCAAGGUGGACAUAAUAGACCAAGAGGUGGAGCUGGAGGUAUAAAGAAGACUUUUAAUCAAAAUGAAAUGGAUAAUGGCAAGAAUGAGCAAAGUAUCCCAAUAGAGCAACCCGUUGGUCACCACCAUCACGAGCACCAUGGUGGUCAUCACGCUCAUGGUAGCCAUCAUCACCCACACCAUCACGAACACCAUGGCGGCGGUCAUCACGGUAGUGGACAUCAUGGACAUCAUGGCGGUCAUCACCAACCACAUCCACACCAUCAUGAACACCACGGCGGUGGUCAUCAUGGCGGUCAUCGUGGACAACCACAACCUCAUAAGCCAUCUAAACAAGUGUCUCCAUCAGUUGCUGCACCUGUUCAAGUAGAGAAGGUCGUCCCAGUAGUACCAGCAGCUGCCCCGUCCAAACAAGACAAUCUUAAAAUGAAACAAGUGUUGGCCGAAUCAAACGAAGCCAAAAAGAAGGAGAGAGCCGACAAGAAAAAGGACAAGAGAAAGGAAAAGGAAAGAGAAAGAAGAGAAAAGCGCAAGCAAGAGAAAAAGGAAGAAAAGGAAACACCCUCUUCUUCAUCUGACUCUACUACUACCACUCCAAAGGACACCAACAAGAGAAGAUCAAAAAAGGAAAAGGAAAACAAAAAUGAUCAAAGAGAAAAGAAACAAAGUGGUGGUCAUAGAGAAGAGGAAGAAGAAGAAAAAUCAAACAACAAGAAUGGUGAAAAGGGAGGAGACAAGAGAAGAAGAAAUAGAUUUGAUAUUCAUCUUUCCAGAGAGGAUGUUCAAUCUGGUUUAGACAAGGGUGAUUUGUUCUAUGGUACGAUCAGAGUCAAUGCCAAAAAGUUUAUGGAUGCCUAUGUCACUGUCGAUGGAUCGGAACAUGAUUGUUAUGUCGAUGGUAUCAAGAAUAGAAAUAGAGCUUUUCACACAGACAUUGUAGUAUUCAAGAUCCUUCCAGAGACUGAAUGGAAAAAGAGACCAUCAACCGAAGAUGAAGCAACUCAAGAACAACAAGAAGAAGAAGUUGCUUCUAUCAAGGAUUCCACAUCAAUGAAUGAAGAUCAAGGUACCAUUGCAUUGCCACCAUUCCAAUCACCAUCUGUCCCAUUAAGAAAAUCAAUUGCUGAAAGUCAAACUUUUAAAUCUCAACAAGAUGAUCAAGGUGAAAGCAGUGAUGAAGAAGAAGAUGACUCUAGUGAUGAAAGUGAAAGUGAAAGUGAAAAUGACGACGAUGAAGAAAAGAAAACUGAUACUAGUACAACAACAUUGGAAAAUCAAAUUGAAAAAUUAGAAAUUGAAGAUGAUUUUGUAAUCAUAAACAACGAUAAUAACUCUACUUCAACCACCACCACUAUUAUAAAAUCAAAAAGACAACCCAAGUAUGAAGAUAUUUCAGGAUUAAAACAAGAUAGAUUGAAAUUGGCUGCUCUAACUCUAAGAGCUUUCAAGUUAAACAAAUAUGUAUCUGUUAAAAUUGUUCAUAUUUUAGAAGCCAAACAUAACAAGAAUCAUGUUGGUUUAGUUACUGAGGAAGGAUCAACAUUUGCAUUAUUUACACCAUUGGAUCAAACAUUACCAAGAUGUCUUGUAUUUAGAGAAACAAUGCCACAAGAGUUUAGAGUGGCACCACAGACAUUUAAAACCAAACUAGUAUCAAUUCAAUACGGAAGUUGGAAGGAAUCAUCAAUGUAUCCAGUCGGUAGAUUCGGCGUAAUAUUUGGAGAAUGUGGUGACAUUGAACCAGAAACUCGUGCCCUCUUGAAAGAGUAUCAUGUCGACACUGAACCAUUCUCUCGUGAUGUUAUGAAUUGUCUUCCAAAGCUUGCCGAUGCCAAGGACUUUAGACCAUCGGCCAACGACUACAAGGAAAGAAGAGAUCUUAGAGACUGGAUUAUCUGUUCAAUCGAUCCAGACACUGCCAAGGAUCUCGAUGAUGCCUUGUCGUGCGAAGAGUUGCCCGACGGAAACUUCCGUGUCGGUGUACAUAUUGCCGAUGUAUCACAUUUUGUCACUCCGGACAAUGCAUUGGACAAGUGCGCCCAAGAAAAGGCAACGACCGUUUAUUUGGUGCAACGUGCCAUUCCCAUGCUUCCAUCACUCUUGUCUGAGGAGUUGUGCUCUCUCAACUAUGGCGUUGAACGUUUUGCAUUCUCGGUUGUCUGGACAAUGACCAAGGACGGUGAGAUUCUCGACGAAUGGUUUGGUCGUUCGGUCAUUAAAUCGGCCAGUCGUCUCACAUAUGGUGUAGCACAAAAGAUUAUCGAAGGUCUCAUCUCUACCUCUUGGGAUCAAGCUAUGCCAAAGGACGACGUCAAGCCAAUCUUGCGUGAAAAGGUGUCUGAUGCCGCCGUCUUUAUGGCCAUGCAAAUGUUAUCAGUACGUUCGAUGAAGCUAGCCGAGUACUUUAGUACAGGCGACGUGGAUGAAGACGACUGGCGCCACUAUGCCCUCAAUGUUGGCCACUACACCCAUUUCACAUCUCCAAUCCGUCGUUACCCCGAUAUCGUCGUGCAUCGUCUCUUGCAGCUCUCCAUCGACCUUGAAAAAUCUGAUCAAGCCAGCCAAGCCGUGCGCGAGGCCGAAGCACUACGUGUUCGUGUCGAAAAGGACCUCCCCAACGGCGAAUGGCUCACCCAAAUCUCCAAGCACUGUAACGAGAAAAAGAUGAACAGUAGAAAGGCACAAGAGCGUUCCGACAAGGUGUUCCUUUGCGUCUUGCUCGAGAACCACCCCACCGAAUGCGAUGCUGUCAUCAUGGCCGGUGGCAACACCUUUAUCCAAGUGUUGGUACCCAUGUUUGGUUGCGAACAACGUAUCUAUUUGGCCGACCUCAAGGAAAAGAACAUGAUUAUCAAGGAUUCGUAUGAUGGCUCCAGCGACGAAAACACAAUCACAUGGCCAUCCAUUGAAAACAAUCUUGCUGGCAGUGACCCAGCCCUUGCCGUCACUAAAAAGUAUGCACAACUCUCAACCAUUCGCGUACUCAUCACUGUAGAUAAAUCAAAAUUCCCAAUUGAUACCAAGUGUACUUUAUUACAUCCACACCAUAUCAAUAUUGAUAGUAUUCCAGUUGUUAAAAAUAAAUAA